AUGCCGCCGCCGCCUCAAGGAAAUCUUCCGCCGCCACCUCCGCUUCAAAAUGUAAACAACUUUGGCGGGCCGUACCAGGCAGCGAAUCAGCAGAACCGACUUGAUCCCGAGGGAAUGCCCAGUGUGGUACAGGUGAUCUUGGAAGACAAAACGAAAUUUGAGUCCAAUAGCAAUGUUCUCUUUACCACCACUGUGCCUGCCACUGUGCCUCCGCUCGUCACUACCAUCAUGGAGAAUGAUCUUCAAGUGGUCGAAGAUGGCGGUACUGCCAGGCCUAACUUCCUUCGGCCUACAAUCUACCAAGUGCCUGUCACUGAAGAUCAUCUGAAGACAACAGAUAUUCCCCUUGGACUGGUCAUCAAGCCUUUUGAUGAGCAGGAAGUCGAUGGCAAAAUCUACGUUCCUGUGACCAACAGUGAAAUUGUUCGUUGCAAUCGUUGCAAGUCCUACAUGAACCCGUACAAUCGUUUUGUCGAUUGUGGCCGCCGGUUUCAGUGUUCACUGUGCAAACACGUCACCGAAGUGCCAGCUGGCUACUUUGCCAAUCUUGACCACACAGGUCAACGACUUGACAAGUAUCAACGACCUGAACUCUUCCUCGGUUCAUAUGAAUUUAGAGCUACUGAAGAGUACUGCCGAAACAAUGUCAUGAAUAAUCGGCGUCCACAUAUCAUCUUUGCUUGCGAACUUACUGAAACGUCCAAGCCAAUUUUGAACUAUCUGUCGACAAAUCUUGUUGAUAUCAUUCGUAACUUUCCAAAGGACCCUCUCAAUCCAAACUCAUAUCCACCAAUGGUCGGUUUUGUCACUUACAACUCCAAGAUUCAGCUGUACGACAUUGUAAAUAAUGGGCAGGCCCAUGUUGUCUGUGACCUGUCAACUCCGUUCCCUCCACUGAACACCUUUUUAGUGGACCCACUGGUGCAUUUGGACAAAAUUGAAAGUUUCCUGAAAACUCUGCCAUCGUUGUACGCAAGCGAGGAGCUGGAGAUGCAAACUAUUCUAGGUCCGGUGAUUGAAGCCGCCUUGAUGACCACCCAAGUUGACGUCAACAACUGGUUUAACCAGGAGCAGGCCAACAAAGUUAUUGUUGAUAAAGACCAGAAUCAGACGUACGAAACUAUUCCCGUCGGCAAGAUUUACCUCUUCCACUGCACGCUUCCCACUUAUGGCAAUGAUACAGACACGCCUGGGCGCCUGAAGCCUCGCUGGACAAAUUCAAUCGAUGAAAUUCGAAAGCUUCUCGGCUCGGACAAAGAGAAGACUGUCCUUUCACCCGAACUCAACAAAUACUACCUAGGUUUGGGGCAAAAGUGUGUCAAGGACUUUGCCAGUGGUGUCGAGCUGUUUCUCUUUCCGCCUGCCAAUGGUUCAUAUUUGGAUGUUGCCACUCUUGGAGAGCUGACUCGACUUAGUGGAACUGGAGCCAUUUUCAAAUACUUUAACGAUUUCUCCGACGCCUUUCUUACCGACUUGAAGUACUCGCUGUAUUCAAGUUAUGCAUUUGAUUGCAUUCUCAAAGUGCGAACCUCAACUGGCAUCAGACCUCACGACACUUAUGGAAACUUUCACCUCACUCUACCCAAUGAUAUUGAGUGCGCCGCAUUGAACACAAGCUCGAGUUUGGUUGUAGACUUCAAGUACGACGACAAGCUGCCCGACGAUGAGCACGUCAUUAUUCAAGUCGCAGUCCUUUACACCUCUCUCUCAGGAGAACGACGAGUUCGGCUGCAUAAUUUGGCACUCGCCCCUUGCCAAGUGAUCAGUGAUAUCUACCGAAAUUCCUGUUGUGAUACGAUAGUUAAUCUAAUUGCACGAAAUGGUAACACUUUGCAUUUGGGUCAAUUAAUUUUACCCGAGUCACUCAAGCUUCUCCCAAUGUACACCUGUGGCAUACUAAAGUGCGAUGCCAUCGAUGGAGGUCCGGAGAUGAAUCCAGACGAUAAGGCACUUGCGCAGCUGAAGAUGCUCGGAGCUCAUCCUUCACUGAGCCAGGUGUUCUUGUACCCGCGACUUUAUAAGAUUGAGUACGAGGAUGCCAACGAAGAAAAUCUCAAAUAUUCGCAAAUUAGAUGCUCCAGCUACAAACUGAACGCUCCAGCACUGGGCUUUAUUCUGGAGACCGGAUUUUACGUUCUCUUUAUGAUAACCACUUCAGGUUGUUCAAAU